AUGUCUGAAGGAACCAGCAACUUGGAACUAAAGGUUGUGUUCCCCAUAAAGUUGAUUUCAUGGUCGGUGAGUGGAACAAACUACGACAGUACGACAACACCGAUAUUGUUACAAAAUCAAAAUGGACCAUGUCCUCUCAUAGCCUUGGUGAAUACCCUAAUUUUACAAUUUGACUUUAGAAAUUCACAACCUGACAAUGGUCUUUUAAGUCAGUCUGAGAAGCAGUACGAAGGGAUCAAGAACUUGAAAUCGAAAUUGGUGGCCCAUUAUCACAAAUCAAGAUCGGUUGAGUUGGACGAUGUAUUGAGUCUUGUCGCUGAUUUACUUUUAGUUUAUUCAGAGGAUGUAUCGAUUAUCACUCCGGAAAUGGUUGAUCAUAUAUUGCAACAAUUACCAAAGCUACACACCGGCCUUGAUGUUGAUCCUAACUUAACCGAUGGAAAUUUCUCCCAGGAUUUGGCUACAACACUAUUUGAGAUUUUUGAUUUGCGGUUCAAGCACGGAUGGGUAGUGGAUGCUUCAGGGGUGGCAACUCUGGGAUAUGCUGACGACGAAGUCGAUAACCAACAUGCAAAUGAGUCUCCACUUGAAAUCUUACACGAACUUCAGACAUUUGACAAGGUACAAGAUUAUUUACUCUUGCAGGAUACAAAUCCAACGGUGGUAGAGAAUCAACACGCCAUCAGACAAUGGUUGGACGCCACUUGUUCUCAAUUGACAAUACAAGGACUUAACAAACUAGAUCUCGAUUUGGCGUCACCCCAGUUUAUUAUUUUCUUCAGAAACAACCAUUUUAAUACGUUGUUUAAAAAAUCGAGAAAUGAAUUUUAUUUGCUUGUUACUGACUCCUCGUUCCAAUCAAAGAGUAGUAGGCUCGUGUGGCAGAGCUUAAAUUCUGUUUCCGGAGAAGACGAUAUAUUUUUCACCGGUGAUUUUAUGCCAGUAUUGGACAUUAAUCAAGAUAUUGGUCAAGAAAUAGAGACGUUUGAUUCAGAUUUGAUGUUGCUGAGACAGUUGCAAGAAGAGGAAGACCAAGCAAUAGCUCGCAGGAUGCAAGAGAAGUACGAGAAAAGGAACCGGCACGAUAAAGCAACCAACGCCAACACAACCAAGACUGAGAUAAAGCCAUCCUUAAAACCUUCCUCAAAGCCGGUUGAAGAAAAGAAAAAGAGAAAGUUUUUCGGCUUUCUUAGUCGUUAA